GGUCACACGGUAUUCACCCCCCUUCGCAGCGCCCUGUUCGCAAGGUGGCCACACAGGUGACUUCGUCGUUACGCGAUCGUACCGCGAUCAUUCGUAAAGCUCACCUUCGGACAAGCGGGCAAUGCUGGGGCCGCGAGACGCUCGAUAGCACGCACGAUUAUCCUCGAUCGGAUUCUGCGCCCGAUCUACGACCGUGACCUCGAUCGGCACUGCGUUCGGGCGAGAAACGUGCCGCCGGUGAUUCGAACGACGAAUUUUCCGCGCCGAAGAACUUCACGACGAGGAUCCCCGGAUGAGUCCUCCUUGCAUCGUUUGAGGAAGAUCGAGCGAACCAGUUAGACCACGAAUGAUCGCCGACCAGCUCUGCCGCUGAGAGAUCUUCCGGAGAACGACGAGACUUCCGGGGAUCGCGGAAGAAGGAAGGAAAAUUCUCCCAAUCGCGUGAAAUCGCGACGCACAAGUCGGAGUGGAAGUUCUCGGGGACAGUUUUCGGACGCUGGCGUUUUCGGGUUCCGACGAUAAGAGAAAGAGAAUGAGGACGUUCCUGAGAGCCUGGGCGAUUCUCGGUUUAAUCGGUUUGUCGCGCGCCAGCGAGCCGGUAGACGUCCUGACGCCCAGGAGUCUCGGCGCCGCCUUCGAGGAGGAGGAGAUACUCCGUGUGCUCGCGCCCAACAAGACCGACACGACCAAGAAUUACACCUUCGUCGAGCUGAUCAGCAGCCUCGGCAAUUACACGGUCGAUACCGAGAAGGAUAUAUGGAGCGUCGGCAGGCCGGAAGUGCAUCACACCAAUCCGCACUACGAGGCCUUCUCCGAGGAGAUCGACUUCGAGGCGCGCAAGUUAUUGCAAAUUCUCCCCGCGUACGAUCCCGGCGCAGGACGCGUCAGCGCGGAAUGCAAGCGACACUCCGAUAUCUUCCACGAGGAGCUCUCGAAGUUCACGUUGUGGGCUCUCAAAAUGUACGACGCGACUGCGAAGGUGCCGUCCGGCCUCUUGAGCGGCAACGUUAAUCAGUUCGGCGAUUUCGACGAGUGCGUCGGUGUCGAGGGCAAGGAUGGCAUUCGAGGACAGUAUUGCCUGGCGUACUUGAAGCUGGACGUCGACCAGUCCCGGCCCGAUCUCAAGUACCUGCACCGCCUGUUACAUUCGCAUUACGCGUUCCGCAGCAACUUAACCGACGAAGGUCACAGAGUACCGCGUUUUAGCACGAUCAACUGGGCCGUAUGCACGCCCGCGUCGUGCACAACCGAAGAUGUGAAGAACUCUCUUCAGCAUACUAUUGAGAAGUACACGGCUCAAACGGGCUUCAAGAUUACGUUGCGAGUGGAAAAAAACAUGUGCCAAGUGAAGAAAGAACUUGUCCUACCAAAAGCAACCAUCGCCGUCAGCCUUCUCAUCGCCACUGUGUUCAUCCUGACUCUCGUCGCCGUUUACUACGAUCACUACGAAUUACCGGCCAGCGAGUUGCUCUUAUCGUUCUCGUUGAAACGCAACGUUCGGAAAUUGACCUCGCUGGAGAGACCGCAGGGCGACAUCGCGUCGCUGCACGCCAUCCGAUUUUUCAAUAGCAUUAUGCUAAUUGUGUCCCACAAGAGUAUGGCGAUGUUCUACGAUCCUUAUAUAAACCGGACUUACAUGACCGAGAUUUUAGGUAAAUCGUGGACCGUAAUCGCGAGAGCGGCCAGUCUCUACACCGACCCGUUCAUCAUGCUGUCCGGCCUCUUAACCGCCUACUCGUUCGUAGGCCGGCUGAAAAGAACGGGAUCUCUGGACGUCAAGCGCGAGUACUUCUCGCGCUUGCUGAGGAUAGUACCGACCCUAGGAGCAUUGGUGUUAUUCUGCACCCACGUGUUGCCGUACCUAAGUUCCGGUCCGCAGUGGAACCUGGUGGUGAACCAUCACGCGGACAUUUGCAAGAAGACGUGGUGGCGGAAUUUCCUGUUUAUCCAUAACUACUUCGGGUUCGAAAAUAUGUGCCUCACACAUACGCAUCACGUGGGCAUAGACAUGCAGCUGUUUCUAGUAUCGCCCCUGAUGGUGUUGCUGCUGUAUAAAAGGCCGAAGAUCGGCGCGUUGGUGCUCGCAAUGGUAGCCUCGGUAUCGACAAUAUUGAGAUUUUACGCCAUGUACAGCAGACACCUGAGCAAUUACAUAUACUUCGGCACGUCGAUCAGAGAAUUGUUCGACACUGCCAAUUACUCCUACACGUUACCGUCGCACCGACUGACCGUUUACAUCAUAGGCAUUUUCACGGGUUAUUUAUUGAGGAACUUACCGAAGGACUUCAAGAUGAGCUCGGCGACUCUCUACACAGGCUGGACCGUGUCCACCAUGUUGGUUGUGGUGACUUUCGCCUGGUCCUCGAGAAUGGGAUUAAUAGAUUACGCGUACAAUCCAAUCGACGCGGCUAUCUACAACGCGUUCGCUCCCAUCGGCUGGUGCAUCUUCUUCCUGUGGGUUAUCGUAACACACCAUACCAGCAAUUCGAGUGGUUUCUUGAACAGACUCUUGUCCUGGCGAGGCUUUCUCGUUACCACGAGGCUCAGUUACGCGAUCUACCUGACGCAAUUCCCGAUAUUCUUCUUCAACGUUGGACGAACGCGCGCUGCGAUGCAAUUCGAAGUCGUCGGGAGUACGAUGAAUUUGAAAGAAAUACUGUGGAUCGUUAUCAUGUCGGUGAUUCUCACGUUGCUAUUCGACACGCCGUUCCAGAACUUAAAGAAUUAUCUACUGAGAAAGCCAGUACAAAAGAACGCGGAAGCAAAGUCAUUGAAAGCGGAGUGAUGCUGGUUCGAGUCGAAAUUUUCGACCUGAAUGUUUCUCACCAAAUAUCUUAAUUCGACUGCGACGGCUCAGAGCAGUGCUCGGAAUUGGUUGCGCAUUACAGAUUUUUCGACCUCCUCUGGUGUCUCCUUCUUGCCGUUUACGACAGCAGCGAACCGCUCGAUACUCGUGACGUUAGAAUUAAUGAUAAGCCGCAUUACCAAUGAUUAACGAUGAAAUGUAGCGUUAUUUCACUCUAUUGGCUCUUGAAUAUUUUUCCAAAUAGGAACCUAUAUAUUUAUAUUUAUGUUACCGAGCAGACAAGCACGACGUCUGAAAAUUGCUUUGAAGGUGCCAUUCCAAUUCUGUGCACUGGUAUGGAGCCUUGUACAUAUAGCGUUUUCAUUUAGUUUUUUUUUAUGUUGUUAGAGAAAUUAAUGUACGAUGUUACUUAGGCCGGUAUUCAUUGUCAGAUCUUGUAUUUAAGACCGUCUUAAAUUCAUUCUCAGAUGCAUUUUAACCAAUGAAUCAAUCUGCAGAGCCUCUGAAAAUAAAUUUAAAUAUAAGAUCUUAAAUAUUAAGUUCGACCUAUGUGAAUACCGGCCUUAGAGUAGGAUGUGAGUUACCACUUGGGAGAAAAAAUUAUCAUCCUGCAAAAAUUAAAUCACAAAUUCCUUAGUGUUCUACCUGGUUGGAAGAACUAAUUGGUGCGACUUUUGUGAUGAGUUAAUCUUAAGAUAAAAAUGCUUAUUUUAAGAUUUCCUUUCCGCUUUAACGAGAACGUAUUUCAAUUAUCUUUCCUACUUCUUUAUAUAUAUAUGGAUAAUUGUAAAUAUUAGUUUUUAAUUAUUAAACAGUUGGUAAAAUAGGACUAAAAUAAGUUUACGAGAAGAAUAUUUUACAUAUUACCGACACGUCAAGGGGCUAUAGACACACAUACAGUGCCGUAUAGUUUAUGAGUGAAAUAAUUUAUAUGGCGAAAUUAAAACGCGCAAUGUGUCAAUUUAUACACGGAUUGUCGUUGCAUAUUUUAAUUUCUGUCCACGCGAAAGCAACAAUACAGAAUGUAAUUACUAAUAAUGUAAAAUAAUAUUUAAAGUUAUUAAUAACGAUUUAAAGUUAUUAAGAACGAGAUAGUAAACAAAUUUUUAUAUCUAUGAAUCGGAAACGGAAGUGUAGUUAGUGAAAAGUGCAUGAAUUAAGUAAUUGAUAUUGUAUAAAUUGAUGUGUUUGUACUGCGAUAAAUAUAUUACAUAAUUUACGCUACAUGACUAUUGACGCAUGUGAGGACAGACACGUGAGUGCUACACAACGACAUUUAGGAAUACAUAUCGCUCAGGAAAUUUUCGACUGUGUUGUAUUGUAAUUGUUGUUAAUAAUAUUAAAUACGUGUUUUAUAUAAUUUUAUUUGUCUUGCUUACUUUUAUGUAUUACACGUAUCGUUCAAAAAAUGCGGCUCGCACGUAAUGUCUCUUCGAUACAAUUCUUGGUUAUCGCACAAAGCACAGUACAUAAAAGAAAUGCUUAUGUCGUUACUGUAACAAAUAUAUACUCAUAUAGAUGUACAUAAAAUUUCGGUACAUUGAAAUGGUACAUUUUUAUCGCAAUAUACACCAAAUACGCCAAGCUGAAAAAAUAUGUUAAUCUUGCCAUAUAUGUAAUAUUCUUCGUGUUUAUAAUGACAUACAGUUGUUUGGCAACGUUUUCUUUUUCAAAUAAAUCAAAUAAUAUCAACCAAACUAGAUUGUAUAUGAAGUUGUCUUAUAGUAGUAGUAGCAGCAGCCCACAAUAACUAUGAUUUAAGUAUAUUUACAUAAUUAUAUUCAUAGUAGUGGAAUAUCUAUAUAUAUAAUUCAUAAUUUUAAGUAAAUAGAUAGGACAAAUAAAAUAAUCUGGAUAUUAAGAAAAUAGAUAAUUAAGAAAAACUUAUCAAAUAUUCUAAAUCCUCUUUAAACGGAAUAAGAGAAGACAGAGAACAGAAAGAAAGCAAAAUUUUUCAUAUAUCGUAGAAUUAAAAAAAAAAA